AUGUCCCGAGCCAAGGAGCGUCUGAAAGGCGGGAAGGAGACCAAGGACAGCGUCACUCUGCUGCCCUGCUUUUAUUUUGUAGAGCUCCCAAUCCUGGCCUCCUCUGUGGUCAGCCUUUACUUCCUGGAGCUGACGGAUAUUUUCCAGCCGGUGCAUUCUGGGUACAGCUGUAACGACCGCAGCCUGUCUCUGCCGUACGUCCUGCCCAGACAUGAGGUCUGCCCGCUGCCCCUGCUCUUCAGCCUGGCCUUCGCCGCUCCCACCGUCACCAUCCUCAUCGGAGAGGCCAUCCUGUACUGCUACCUGUCCAGGAGGUCGUCCUCCACGCAGACCGAGGCCAACAUCAACGCCGCAGGCUGCAAUUUCAACUCCUACAUCCGCAGGGCCGUACGCUUCAUAGGCGUUCAUAUAUUCGGCCUGUGUGUGACGGCGCUGAUCACGGACAUCCUGCAGCUCUCCACCGGCCAGCACACGCCCUACUGGCUGGAUGUGUGCAAACCCAACCUGACCCACAUCAACAUGUCCACCUGCGACGAAGCCUUCAUUCUGGAGGACAUCUGCUCCGGACAGGAUGUGGGCCUCAUCAACGCUGGACGGAAGUCUUUCCCCUCGCAGCAUGCCACCCUGGCUGCCUUUGCUGCGGUCUACAUAUCAAUGUACUUCAACACGGUGCUGACGGACUCCGCCAAGCUGCUGAAGCCUCUCCUGGUCUUCUCCUUCGUCAUGCUGGCCAUCCUGGCCGGCCUGACCAGGAUCAUCCAGUUCAGGAACCACCCGGUCGACGUCUACUGCGGCUGGCUACUGGGAGCCGCCAUCGCCGUCUAUCUGGGUGUGUACGCGGUGGGGAAUUUCCAGCCCAGUGAGGACCGCUCCCGAUGCCAGCCUGUGCCCCCCAUCCUGAGAGAGCCCCCCCUCUCCUCCCUACCCAAUGUCAGCCAGUCAGCAGUCAGCAACAGUCACCCAGUCCAUCACCCUCUGGCUCCCGCCCAGCCGGAGCCCAUCAUCACCAGGACGUCGUCUCACGCCUUGUCCCCGGAUCAGCCGCUGCCCAUCCUGACUCGCAGCUCCUCCUACCGAGAGCCGUCCCUGUCCAUGAAGAGGGCCAGCGCCGAGGUGGAGGUGAUCAGUCCGUCCAGUCCUCAGGGCAACAGGGACAACAUGAUGACGUUCAGCAGCAGCACCCUGCCCAGGUCCCACGGAGGCUCCUUCGUGGAAGAAGGGCGCAUCCCACGGCGUCACGCCUCCAUCCACGCGUCGAUGGACUCCACCCGGUCCAAACAGCUGCUCAGCCAGUGGAAGAACAAGAACGACAACAGGAAGCUGUCCCUGCAGGUGAUGGAUGGAAUCAGACCGGCUCCCUCCUCGUCCCCGCAGAGGAACAUGGAGCUGCGCUGCUCCUCCGAGCCGUCUGCGAUGGGCCUGGAGGCGGAGCUGCGCGGCGGGACCCACCUUCCCAUGGCCGUCAACCAGGAAGCAGAGCUCCGGGCCGGGGCCCACAUCCCAGCUCAGUACAUGAAGCUGGCCGCCAGCUCGGUUCCCAUCUCCAACCACAACCACAUGGUGCAUAACGGCGGCGCGGGAAUGGCCGGCGGCGCCCGGGUGUCCAUCCAGUCCAGACCGGGCUCCUCCCAGCUUGUACAUAUCCCCGAGGAGGAAAACCCCACCAGCAAAGACCAGGAGAGCGAAUCAGAGGACAGCAUGAUGGACGGAGGAGGCUCAGUGAGGGAGAAAUGGCUGCGGGUGGCUGAGAAGACCAGCAUCCCCUGCAGACCCCUCAGCGCCGGAGGACAGCCUCGGCUCAUGCAGGUAAUAGCCUUAUCCAAGCAGCAGGGCCUGCUUCACUCUCCCCGCUCAGAGGACGGAGGCAGCAUGGUCAGCUGCACCGGAUCCAUCCGGUACCGAGCCCUGACGGACCAGGACCCCUCUCCGCCGGCCUCCACCAGCGGGGUAGUGGGAGGAGGAGGACUGGAACGCAGUGGAAGCAUCGUGCGUGUGGAAGCCCACCCGGAGUCCCGGUCCAACAAGCCCGUGGUGAAGCCCCCGAGCACCGACGGGAGCGGCUCGUGGCGCUGGAAGCCGCCGGAACAAAGGGCUUCGCUGCGGCAGUCGGCGUUCACCCUCAACGACCUGAACCGACACACGGACAGCUGCGACUCGCUGAGGGACGGCGGCUCGGUGGACGGCAGGAGGAGCGUGGCCGAGACGGAAACGGAGAGCGAGGCGGGGGGAGACGGAGGGGGAGGGGGAGUUUACACCAACCAUCCACAUGUCGUUCACCCGCUACACCCCUUACAUCCAAACAAUCCCAACAAUUUCCAGCACCCGGGUUUCAAUCCCAACAAUCCCAAUUUCAACAACGCUCAGCCGAAUUUCAAUCCCAACUCCAACAGUUCCAACGUUCCCUUCGUCCCCAACGCCACCUUCGCCGCCCCCUUCCACCCCCACCCUCAGGCCGUCACGACCAUCCGGGUGACCCCGGUGGAGGUGACGGCCGCCAGCAGCGACGGCGGCUCCGACUGCCAGUCGGUGGCGUCGUCCAGCCGCGAGUCCACGCUGAGGCGGAAGAGCAGCAGCAACACGGUCCACGUGCAGGACCGCGGGCCCACCCCGGACCUCCACAGCAACCACCGCCUCUGUGACGACGCCGACAGCAGCAGCCGCUUCCACGAGAACCUUCGCAAUUUCCAAGAAAACCCCAUCCACCACCCCAGCCAGCCCAGCUACCCCAACCACCCCGGCGUUCACCCCGCCCACGCCAACAGGCAACUGCAGGGUCUGUACGGCCGUCCGAGUCCGACUCCGCCCCCGACUUUACCCCGCCCCAUCCUGACUCACACCCCACCGCCCACCCUGGGCCUGGCCUAUAAAGAAUGA